CCCCCCCACUUGGUAGAAGGAAGAAAGUGUUUUUUUAAGUGUGUUCGAAUUGUAUUGAAAAUUGUAAAACGAAACAACACAGUGGCGAAAGCGCAUAUGUAAUAGUUGAAGAGGAAGUGUUUGACGCGUAACGUGAGUGAUUAAUUGGAUGAAUUAGUGAAGCCAUUGUGUGUUUGCGUGCCACUGCGGGUAUUAGAAAAGGUGUAAAAAAUACUUCAUUGAUUGUGCAAAAAGCGGGCGAGUUCUUGCGUGCUGUAAUGAUAAGGGAAAAAAUAAUUACUAAGCAAAGUGUAACAUAAAACACGUUUUGGAGACGUAUCAACAAGUGUAUGUAAGAGUAAAAAAUAUCAUCUGAAGGAUUUUUUUACGAAGAAAAUUCUCCAAACAAUUGCAAAACCGCAUAUACAUUAAGCUAGUUCCGGUUUCGCCCUGCCGGCGACAAACAUGUCGAACGACAUCACCAUCUAGGGCGUGGAAGGACCUGUCUGCGCGUAAUUGAUCGCUCUGGACAACAUCAUAUUCAGUCUGUGCUGUGCUCUAAAUUUCGAGAAACCUUCGUGAAGGUUGAGUGUGCGUGAUACCGUGUUUAUAUGGUAGUGUAAGUGGGUGUAUGUUUGAGCACCGAUUUGCUCACUAUCGCAAACCGAGUGCAUCUGAUAUACGCAAGAAGUGCGCAGAAAGAAAUAGCAAGCUUUUUGUUAACCCGCAAACCAGUACAGUGACCAGUGCUCGGUACAGAUUUCUCAGCAUCAACGACGUGCGGACGGUUGUUUUUUCUACCGACUUUUGAAUGCGAACAUGGCAGCGGUACGGUCGCCGGAAGUGCUGGUAAAUGCCUGCACGUGGUGGAUACGGUUCGCGCUGGUGCUGCUAAUUCUGCAAACGUUUCACGGUGUGGAAACGCUCGAUCUAGAGAAAUGCAAAAACCCAUUAGGCAUGGAAUCGUUCGCGAUUAAUGACUCACAAAUAACGGCUAGCUCGGCACACGACAUUGGCAACGUAGGGCCACAGCAUGCCAGAUUAAAAGUGGAUAACAAUGGAGGCGCCUGGUGCCCGAAGCACAUGGUGUCCCGCGGUUUGAAUGAGUAUCUGCAGAUUGAUCUGGUCAAAAUGCAUGUCGUCACUGCCAUCAAAACGCAAGGCCGGUUCGGCAAGGGCCAGGGCCGUGAGUACACAGAAGCGUACGCGCUAGAGUACUGGCGACCUGGGUUUACAAAGUGGAAACGAUGGAAAAAUACGCGCGAAAAUGAGAUCCUUUCGGGUAACAUCAACACCUACAGCGAGGUCGAGCAAGCGCUGCAACCAAUUAUAUUCGCCUCGAAAAUUCGCAUCUACCCGUACAGUCAGUACGAUCGGACGGUUUGUCUGCGCGCCGAAAUCAUCGGCUGCGAGUGGGAAGAGGGUCUCAUUUCAUACAGCAUCCCGAAAGGAGUCAUACGUGGCGUUGAGGUAGACCUUUCUGAUCGUACAUACGACGGCGAAGGCGAAGGUGAUCGGCUUGUUCACGGACUCGGCCAACUGGUCGAUGGUCAGAAAGGUGCCGACAAUUUUCGUAUCGAUAUACACGGAUUUGGCAAAGGAUACGACUGGGUCGGUUGGCGUAAUGACUCACUCGGAUGGGCCGGCAAACCGGUUGAGAUGGUGUUCGAGUUUGACUCGGUCCGUAACUUUAGCUCCAUGGUGCUACACACCAACAACAUGUUCAGCAAGGACGUACAGGUUUUUGUCCAUGCAAAAGUGUUCUUCAGCAUCGGUGGUCAGCACUUUACCGGUGAGCCGGUGCAAUUUUCUUACAUGCCAGACACAGUGAUGGAAAAUGCGCGUGACGUCACGAUCAAACUGCACCAUCGGGUCGGUCGCUACGUACAGAUUCAUCUCUACUUCGCAUUGCGCUGGAUCAUGCUGAGUGAAAUCUCCUUCACCUCAGCACCAGUAACGGGUAACUUUUCCGACGAAGAAGUCAACGGAAACUCCAUUUCCCAGGAAAACUCCAUCGAGUAUCCACUGCAGCGUGACGAGUCCGGUAUCAACAUCGUCAACAAAGGCGAACGGAACCAUGUAACACAAAUCAUCUCACCGAAACCGAUCGACCAAGAACCGGAGCCACACUUCAUCGGUGUCGUGAUAGCGGUCCUGACGACCAUCAUACUGCUGCUGAUCGUCAUCAUCAUGUUCAUCGUGGCCAAGAACAAGCGCACCCGGACGGCGGCAGUGCUCGAUGCGCUUCAGCAUAAUUUGCAUACCGACAGUUUGGGCAUCGAUAAGCGUCUGAACAGCAAUUUCAAGGUAUCGAUAGACGAUAAUGAAUCGAUUGAUAAGAGCAGCCUCUAUCACGAACCGUUCAAUGUAAAUAUGUACACCAGUGCCGCCAGCGGAUGCUCGAUGAGCGACAUGCAGCGCCAUCACAUCACCCCGGACUAUACAGAUGUUCCCGAUAUCGUGUGCCAGGAGUAUGCUGUGCCGCACAUGCAGGACCUCAUACCGAAGAUUCCCGGCGGUUAUGUGAGCGUGCGGUUGACGCCACCAACGUUGAACAACAUCUUCCCGAAGCCACCACCAGUGCCACCGCCGCCGGAGAAGUAUUACGCUGCCACGGCCAUCUGCAAAUCGUCCACAACGCCAACGACACCAUCGAACCAGCAGCAGCAGAAUCAGCAGCAGCAGCAACUGAACGCCUACAGCGAUCUGGAUCUUGGCGUGUCCGAUGACGAUCUCCAGCUCAGCGAGUACCCGCGCGAUAAGCUGGUGAUAGUGGAGAAACUGGGCUGCGGUGCGUUCGGUGAACUGCAUCUGUGCGAGACGAAAGGAUACAGCUCUAAUCUUGUUGCUGUUUCGACGCUACGGCCAGGUGCAUCGGAUCACAUGAAGAAGGAGUUCCGCUCGAAGGCGAAGCAGCUUAGCCGACUGAAUGAUUCGAACAUUGUGAAGCUGCUCGGAGCAUGCCUGAAGGAUGAACCGAUCUGCAUCGUGCUCGACUACAAGUUCAGUACCGACCUGAACCAGUUCCUGCAGGAGCAUACAGCGGAAACAGGUUCGCUGGUGCAGCACAAUUCCUUGAGUUACGGGUGUUUAAUUUACAUCGCCACUCAAAUAGCAUCCGGAAUGAAAUACCUAGAACAGAUGAAUGUAGUACACCGUGACCUAGCGACAAGGAGUUGCUUAGUUGGACCACAGCUGGAGAUAAAAAUCUGUACACUAGGAACUGUGAUAAAUCGCAUAGCAUAUCCUGCUGACUACUGCCACCUCGAAGGUGCCGGAAGACAAUCACAACCAAUGCCGAUCCGGUGGAUGGCCUGGGAGAGCGUACUAAUGGGCAAGUUCACGUCCAAGUCGGACGUCUGGUCAUUUGCCGUUGCGCUGUGGGAAAUUUUAACCUUCGCCCGCGAGCAACCGUUCGAGAAUCUGAGCGACGACAAGGUGAUCGAGAAUAUUGGUCAUAUGUAUCAGGACAACAAGAAACACAUUUUACUUCCAAUUCCCGUCGGAUGUCCACGAGAAAUUUACGAUCUGAUGUGCGAAUGCUGGCAGCGUAACGAGGCGAGCAGGCCAAACUUCCGCGAAAUCCAUCUAUUCCUGCAGCGGAAAAAUCUUGGUGAGUAUUUUCACCACAAUUAAAUAAUGGAGAAACAAAGCUGUUUGCAAAAUGCAGUUAAAUUGAAACAAUGCAAUUUUUUGUUCUUUUCUUGCUGAAACAUAAAAAUGUUCCCUCUCACACCUGUUCCCAUUCGUAUCCUCAUACACUCCCAAAAAAAACACAUACGGCACAACUCAUUUCCGCAAACACAAUCCGCAGCCCAACCGCACACCGUUCUAGCUGAUCCAGUCCGGUUGAUGACGGCCAAGCGAACGAAAACGCUAACCCGAAACUAGUGAAGCGAAGCCCCGCAGCCCACUUUUAAGUGAAAGUCUUUCAAACUGCUUUUGAAGUACGAAUAUCUCCUGAGCGCGAAACCAUCGGCAAAACCGCUGGGGCAAACAAAAUCGAUGCUCAGAUAGAUAGAUGAUGGUGAAUCGAAACAAACACUAAGACGACUGGACAAGUUGGAUCUGAUUAUGAGACGAUCAGUACCCAAGGACCCCAGUUUUGACUUGUUCAUGUCAGAUACUCACAGCGAUAAUCAUCCUUCAUGUCGCGCGUACCCGAACUGCGAACUGAAGGGAACAUUCGAAGCAGAAAAAACAGACCAUAUCGAAGACGAUGCACUACUCAAAAACUGAAAUCUAAAACCGAAAAAAACAAGCGAGGAGGGAAAUCUGUGUGAUGUAAUUAGGUUUGGCAUACGGCAACGAAAUGAAAUAACUAUCGAUCCCACCAACAAAAAAAAACGAAAUUUGGACACAAAACUGCACACGGAAAGAAUGUUAAAUCCGAUCAACUUUCUCCGUAAGUUAUAUGUGCUUUAAUACAUUCAUUUAGAUAUUCGAUCCCGGUAGUCCGUGUUCUGCAUUACUUUUUUAUGUAUUAAUGGAGUGAUUCGUUUGUUUUUUUAGGGGGAGAUUUAUUUUUUUUGGAAAUCUUAAAAUGCAAUUAUGGCAAUUUAAUUACUAAAAAUGAUUAGAUGAUUUAAAAGUAGAACAAAAAAAAGAAGGAACGAAAAAUAGUUACAGAGAAAAAAAAACGGACAAAACAAGAGAACCAAAUGAUGGAAAAAGCGCCAUGUGUAAAAAUGAAAGCAAAUUGCAAAAAACACACUCUGUCGUAGUAAGGUAACUAUCCAGCUAAUGGUAAGAAUAAUGUAAACGACACACUAACAAAUGUAAGUAGCACUGUAAAGAACCAUUAUUCCUGUGUACAUUGAGGAGCAAUACGGGAGACGAACGCGCGAUCAGUAAGUUUCAUCUGUUUAUUUUUUUCAACUGUUUUUUUAUGUUUCAUUUUAAUUGUCCAUUUACUGUUUUUCUUUCUGAAAGUUUACUCUUUUUUCUAACGACACACAUACAAAACACUAAAACACUUUUAUGCACUCAUUUUAAAGAGGCGAUUGAGUCGAGAGGGACAAAUCAUAAAUUGCCGGUGAUCGGUUAGUCCGUGUUUAUAAUUUAAAGAACUAAAUUGACUUAUAUUCUUCAACUGCUACGAUUUCCUUUUUAAAUUAAAAUUUAGCACUUGAAAACCUCAUUAUGAACAGUUUUGAUAUCUUGGCGAAAACGUGUUGCUUUAGUCAUAUAUUUUCCAUUCGUGACGUGAUGGCAAAAGUAAAAGUAUUCAAUAUCAUUCGAAUCAUUUCAUCGCUAAUUAAUUAUCGGGCAGGAGUCGAAUUUAAUCAUUAUUUAACGUAAAACCAUAAAAAAAGAAACAUCUACCGUAGGUAAUGGAAAAAAAUAUACGUUAGGAAGUUCUCACUAUUCCUCUCGAUUUCUGGCUUUAUGCAGAGAAAUUAUGUAGUUAUUAAACAACAUCGAAAACUAUCUCGUCAAAUAAAGAGAGUCAGUUUGCAAGCAAACAAACACAAAAACCAAAACCACAACCACAAACUGUUUUGCGUUUGUUUUUCCGAAAUAUUUUUUUUUUAGCUUUAGUUAGUUGGUUCGUUUAUUCGAUCGUGUAAAUGUGUUUCUCUUUUGUAUUGUCUUUUUUCUUCCAAAUUUGCAUUUUGUACUUUUGAUAUGUAUUGUAUAUUGCUUUUCUUUUAAAUUACCAUUUUCUUAUCUUUUACAGUUAUUCAUCACUAAUUAAUAUAACAGUUUUUUUUAAAUUUCCUUUUUAAUCUAUAGUAUAGCUAUGCAAGAACAAGUUUGGAAAGAAAAUCUAAAACCACAAAAUUGGAGUGAGUAACGCAGGUGUAGUAAACUGAACGCGGAACGCACCUACGAAUAUGUAUAAGUGAACCUUGUCUUCCCGCUGAACUAAAUUGUAUAUUGUGAAAGUGAACUAAAACAAAAACCGAUUAGAAGCUUACCGAUCCGAUGUAGUGUAGAGAGAAAAGUAAAAUAAAUAUUUAAAAAAAACGUUUCAUACGCUGACAAAAAAAGUCCACCCUAGAGUAUUAAACGCACUAAGAAUUGCAAUUGGCUGCUUUUACAAUUUGCAUUUCUGUUUUUGUUUUUGUCUUGUAAGAAAAAAAAACACACACACAAUUUCCUCUAGAAAACGGAAUUUUAAAUCCUUCCUAAACAAGCGAAAAGCUAAGUUUAAAGUUUUCAUUCCCUGCCGAAAAAAGAGGAUGAUGCCGGAAAAGGAAAACAAAACUAAACUUCCCACGAAUUCGAAACCGUGUACAACUCUUGCAAACAUGCAUGCAAAAACGGUGCUAUCUUCUAUUUUUGUUUUCUGGACACAACACUUUUGUGACAAUAAGUAUAAAUACGAUACGAUGGAAGACCCGAGAUGCUCACGGUGCUUAGAAUUACACGCCAGCUAGCCAGGAUAUAGUAAAGGAGAAAAACGUGUUAGAAAGAAAAUGGAAGGCGAAGAACACGGGUUAAGCUUCAAAGAGACAACAACAAAAACAGGAAAAAAGGAAUAGAAAAGAUAGAAGAGAAAAGAAAAGGAGCAAAGAUUAGUAAAACUAUUAAAAAAAACUAUAUUUUUCUUAUGAAAACUAUCACGAUUUCAUCCUACGCAACGUAACGAAGCAAAAGAAACGAAAAGGAACCAAAUGGAGAAGAAAAAACCAAACAAUCGAAAUGCAACAGAGAGCGUACGUUUAUACUUUUAAAUUGUAAAUUUAAAAGGACCUGCCCAAUUAUACUCUCUCCAUCUCUCUAUUUCUCUCACUCUUUCUCUCUGGUUACAUAUAUAUUAAGUAUAUUUUCUUACCCUGUUGUACACACUGUUGAAUUCGAAUGCUGCUUAUGACAAGAAUGGUGACUGCACUGAGUAUCCAAACGAAUCCUCCUUUAGCCCGCGUGUUGAUCAGCUUUAAAAUCAAUUGAAACCGUAAUGAUGGCCGCUUGGUAGCAAGUGUAAGUAAUAGUUUAGAGUAAAAAAGAAUUCUUAUCAUUUCAUUAUAUAUCUUACAGCUGCACUUACAAAAAGUAUUGUCUACAGAAACUGCCUUUUUUAUAUUUAUUUAUUCGCCUUUCAAAAAGCGAUCAAGCCAAAAGAGUAAAAUUCUUAGUGGAAAAAUUCUUUUCUCUGUAUGAGUUUUUUUUAUUUUCAAAAAGUACUAAGAAAUAUUAUAUAUGCAUUUUUUUAUAUUAACUUCAAUUUUGUGGUUUUCCUAAAUCCAACCAAGCAAGCAAUAUUGUUUGUUCAUCGAAAAGGUAUUAAGAUUUUGUGGAAGAAAACAUCAACAUUUUUAUGUAUGUGUGGUUUAUACCCUUCUGCAUAUGCACUUCACCAAAGUACAAUUAUGCUUGCUGCCAGAUAAGAAAAAAACUGUGCUCCUCCCAUCAUUGCCGGUUGACUGAAAAUUUGAUAUGAAUUUUUGUGUUUUCAUAUGCCCGGAAAAUAUUUUCCUCAAUUUCACCCAUGCAUAAGCAAGUAGCGCUUAGCGGUCGAAACUGCUAGGCCGGACCACAACAAGACUAUCGAUGUAGAAAUUUCUCUUUAGUGGGAUGCAUUUUAAUAUGGCCGUUUUUUUUUCAACAUUUCUUCUCCAUUUUCCCAGGAAACCGAGAAGCCAUAGUGCAAUAUCUACCCGGCGGUACUGUAGUACGAUGCCAUGAUGGUGCGAUUUGCAAUGAUUUCAAGAUUGUUUUCCGCCUUUGGCCAUGCGAUUGCUGUACGUUUACGGUUCAAUAGCGAUGGGAAAGCAACCGAAAGAGAAUCCUUGAAACCUUAGGAAAGCAAUAAGUAUAACCCUUGCAAGCAAGUCGGAAAGCUAAAAAUUGUUCCCUGACUUUAUGCUAAAAACAUGCCAAAAAAAUACGGAUGAGAUUUUGUUGUAUUGAACCCCUAACGAAACAGGAAGAAUGUAGCCCAUCUUCGAUCAUGCAACGUCAACAAACCCGCUAAACAAACUCGUCGAACCGAAAGUUUUGCCGGAAGAAACGAUCCAUUCCUAGAUUCUCCAUUCCUUUUGGUUGUGUGUCUCCACCGGGAAAGGAUCUCCACAAGCACUACUGUACGGACGGCUCUAGUUCGUGAUACAUUUGUACGACGAACCGAAUCCUAUCCAUCAUUGCUUUACCGGGGCUAACUGCCUUAGUGCCCCCGUACCCCCUGUUGGCAGCAUAAAUAUGGAAUUAUAAAAUAAACUUUUUAAUUAAUGGCAUCAUACCCGUGGGCUCCCAUUGAAUGAUGGAGCACGCGAUCCCGGUGCCAUUUUUCGUUAAAGUUUUUCCUUUUAAACCCCUUCCCACCAAACAAAUGCUGUUGCAUCAAUUUAGCUUGUUAUUGGAAGCGUUUGCCGUGUCUUGCUGGUUCGCCUUCGCUGAAGGAACGGCGCUUUUCAUACUUUGCAAUGUUGUAACUAUCUUUUGUGGGAGAAAUAAAAAUUUCAACCAAGUUAGUGCAUGACGAGACGCAAAACAGUAAAUAAUUGCAUGUUCCCGCAGUGAAGUUUCGAAUCACUUUUCGAUGCAGUUUUAAUUCAGUGAAAAAAGUAGAGUUUGAUGAAAUGUUAGCAUCAAGUUUUGGCUUUUGGGGAAUAGUUUAACUUUUGUGGGGGAAAUUAUAGAUGCGCCCUUGCUUGGUAAAAGCAAUAAUGCGCUAUACGAAUAUUUUGUGUGGUUUGUUGAAAAAAAUCUAUCGCCGAAAGAAACCCGUAAUCAACGUAAAUAAGAGACAAUCCAGCUUGUUUCUUGCUUCGGCGUUGUGUCUACACUAAAGCAAGCAUUACUGUUCAAUAAUAAAAUGACUAAUAAGAGCUCAAAGUGGUAAAAUAUGUUAUUAAUUCUUGGAUUGUACUUAACAGAAACAAUCCAUUAAUUAUAACUCUCGAUGGAUGAAUAUUCUGAUCAAGAAUUAUGACAAGAUGAUCUUCUUGCAUUUAAAGCGCAUCAGCGCCAUCACGCAAUCCGAUUAUAACACGUCUCUUCUAUCCAUAUGGAGGAUCUAAUAUCUAAUAUAUGGUAGUUUGUCCUUAUUUAGCGCUAUAAUCAAUUAACUGAAUUCUGGUCAAUCUGAUUCACUGUCCAUUAUAUGUCCUCAUCGUAUCAUGUACAGAGAUUUCAGCUAUUACAAAUGUUGCAGUUUUUGUAAAACUUUAAAUAUCGCUCAACAUUAAUACUGUAGUUAGUGUUGACUUUUAACUCAAGAUAAACGAUCAUUUUAAAUACCGGACACUUUCAAAUGUACGACUAUAUGGAGUGGUAUACAUGCAGAAAAAGUAGUCUUCGAAGUUUCCAUCGCUCAUGGCUUAGAUGACCAUAUACAGCUUGAAUUUCAAUAGAAGACAGAUGCACUCCAACCUGUAGCACAAAUCCUUGAGUGAUCAUUGUGUCAAAUCCAGUAAGCCUAGUCUUAGAUCUAAUAUUAUUUUACGCAAUCUUAACAUAAAGGAACCGUAAAGUUAGUUCGGGUGUCCCGUGUACGAUAUGCUUCAUGUUGAGGAUCCUAGGAAUACAGGGUUUUAAUGGCCAAUCGAUUAUUGUCGAAUCGUUAACUAUUUUAUUAAAGUCCUCUCUUUGACGUCUUUCGCUAAAUUUGGUCAAUCAUCUUCAAAGAUCUUUCGUUUCGCUUGGUCAAUCAAAUUUGAAACUAAUAAUACUUUCACACUUAACUUCAUCAAUAAAUCUAUUGAAAGAUAAAUAUAGUUUAUUUUCGAAAAGGAAUACGGUGUAAUGAAGUUUUCUUAAUUCAAAUUGCGAACUUUCGAGUAAAAAACUGAUUACUUGGGAAGAUUACUCGGAACUCUACAAUGUUACUUUAUUCUCCUUCACCAGAAAGCUCUUUAAUAUAUCAUUCACCACUAGCGCAAAGAUACGGAAUCAAAGUCGUUAGCCAUCCUAGGCAGAUUUUAAUCCUGUCUUACUUAUCAAGAUAGAAAUGAGUAAUAUUAUUACCAGCUGUUGUCACAAAUUCGCAACCCAUCAGCAAAAAAAAGUUCCCAUUUGUAGUACUGUCCGUUUCAGCACUAAUAAUGAUAACUGUACCGUACAAGAAAAAGAAACCAAACCAACAAAAAAAACAGAAACACUCGUACCUUCCCAAUAGCGAACGUUUCUACGCUUUUGCGGGCAAGAAAAGUGAAAAUUCAUUGGAGCAUUUUAAUCUUAUCACUGCCACCAUUUCGGCCAACAACAAAAAAAUCAGCCGCGAAAGAUCACAACCAGUCCCGGCUGUAAUUUAAUUCCAUGCCCUAAUUCCAAGAUAAAGACAUCAUUCUGUGCUUUCAUAUUUGAUCUUUUUUUUUUGUGUGUGUAUGUCUUUCCCAUUUCGGGCUACGCCGGACUGUUUCACUGACUUUUUGGGUAAACCAAAGUGGACAAACCGUGGUUUGUUUCAGCUAGAGUGGUGUGCCUAGUGUGGACGAGGGAAGAAAUUCCUAGUUUCUUUCCUUUCUUCGCUAGCAAAGAUGCUUUCAUUUCCAUUUUUUUUUGUCGUGUUUUCUGCUGACGUGGACAGAUCCUUAUUUUAGCGUUUAGCACCCUCCCGUUUGGCGUUUGUUUGUUCUCCAUUUCACCACUAGGCUAGGCCUGGCGUCUAACGGCUUUGACGUGGUAACAUUGAAAAGCAAACCGAACGAUGGAAUCAGUCGUAAGAAGUCGUGGAACGGAAUGAAAGGCUACGGGUGUGGCGUAUUAACCGCAAAAAAAUCACCCCACAAGAGGGUAGUUAGCAAGAACGUAAAAAUAAACCGAAAUGAUUUUUGGUCUGAAAGCAGGAAGGAGAAAACAAAUACCGUCGGCUUUGCGGUAAUCUUUCUUGACUAGAAAGAAAUUCGUAAGAUAUUCUAAUUUGGUCAGAAGUUUUUUUUCUCUCUUUGGAGUAGCUACGAAGAAGCAUGACAAUAAACAUUGAAUUGUGUGUGAGAACUUAUUUUGCUUAAUUUUUUAAAGUUAUUAAUUUAAAUUCUUAUCACUUUAAAAGCUUAUUUAGAAAAAAGCAAUAUCUUUUUAUUUUGCAAUUAGUAUUUAAAAAAUUCAUUUAAGAUUAUAUUUAAAAAAAUAUAUAUUUUUAACUAAUUUUGUGAUCAAUUUUCGUUUUAUUGGAAAAAAAAAAUACUACAAAAAAGCAAAAAAGUCUUAAACUUUACCUUUACCUUUAACAAUGUUACUUUAAGAGUAUUGUUCCAGCUUAAAGUAUUUUCCAGUAUGAAAAUAACGUUCCACAUUUUCAUAUCACUAAUCGUUCCAGCAAAGAGACAUAUUUUCUCCCCCAUUUUCUCCCAAGCAACACCCGCAGCUUGAUUGUAAGCAGCUUAAGAAAACCUUCCCAUUUUUUUGGCUUGAGACACUUUUCUUCCCUUAAGUCAUUGCACAACGCUCUUUGAUCUUGUACAAUCUCUCGAACGUUGAAAAUCUCGUUGGACAAUCUAGAUUGAACCAGCAGCUGCAGUAAUUAUUCUCCAAUCAACUUUCGAGCGCGAUUUACUGUUGCUUUCGCCCGUACCUUUUCCCCCGGUACGUCGUCAAUGGAUCUUGACCCGUGUAAUUAAUUUACUUCCAUUUUCUUACAGUGUGCGAAUGAAAAUGGACGGUUCCACUACUGGAGGGAAUUGGAAAAAAAUGGAUGAAUAACAAAAAAAAACAUCCUUCCAAGGCGGAUACUUAUUUACUUCCCACCAAGCUGUUGUUGUUUGGAUGAAAGUUGGAUAAAGUAGAGAAAAAAAGGGCUGCAUUGCAUUUACCGUCCUGCGUGGCAUGCACUUGAUCGUGUAAUUGAUUUUCUAUCCUCUCGCAUAGCUUCCGACUUUGUGACCUGGGAAAAUCAGGCCAACCAAUUAACACACAUACAGGCACGCACCCUCGGGAGCUCGGGGAUGAAAUCCUUUUCCCAAUGGUUCGCGUGAAGUGCUUUCCCAGCCGGAUAAAAGCGAUCGCAAAGCUUCCUUUAAUACACGCCACGGUUGAUGUUGAUCGAACCAAAACCUUGACCGUUGGCUGAUGUGUGAUAUUGAACUGCCGUGUCGAUAGUGAUGGAAGACUUUAUAAUUUGAUUCCCUGCGGAUUGUUACGCGGUGCCAUGGAUUUGUUGAGGCGCUUUGAAUUUUUCCGCCAAGUUCCCUUCCUUAUCGAGGGAUCUGAUGGCAAACGGUCAUUAUGAUGCUGACCCGAUGGCAUGAAGCACAACGCGAGAUCGUGAUGAUUAUGAUGGGAUGGAUGUACUAUUUUUCUCACCCUUCCAAAACGAACCCUGACAGCGUCAAUAGUAAUCAAGAAUUCAAUUAUGAAAUUUCGCACCCACACGCACCUACUACCAGUCCAUCCACUUCCAAUGCUGCGAAUAAUCACGUCGUAAUCAUUUUAGAGCCGAGCUCCCGGAAACUGUGGCUGCUGUCCUAUAAGAGGACGCUGAUAGCGUCGGGAUAGCUCGUUCUCUCAACGCUUCCGCACACAAAUACACACGCCUGGCUGAACCACUCAAUUUUCUCCGGCUUUCGAAGGAGAUUAUGGAAGGCCCGCCUUUGGCUGUGGUGUUUUGUGGAGCAUUUGCCUCGGAGCUCACGGUUUUCAAAUCGAUACAUCGAUGAUGGUGUGCCUUCCCGUGCAUGAUACACUUACGGAUCUUAAGAUAAUUCAAUUUACCAUUGUCUCGCUUCGUGGAGUUCAUAAAGUGAGAAGUUUGCUCUGCUUCUAACAAUCCACAGCGCCAUGUGCCGAAAAUCGUUCAGAGUUGGCAAUAUAAUUUAAACAAGAACUUUAAAAUAAAAUGAAAAUUAUUUUACAAAUUUUUAUUUCCUACACAUUGAAAUGUUUCAACUAAUUCGUCACAAUAGAUUAGUCUAGUCAAAAAUCAAUCACCACACCUUCCCCCGAUUUUCGAUUCCGUCGGCGAUUCAAACCAUUAUUAAUGAACCUUGACUUGAUCGUAGCAGCUGUGUCACGACAGCAGGACAAAAGGUCCCUGGUUGCUGAAAAGGAUACUCACCCCAUACUACCCGACGCUAGCAACCGCUAAAGCCCUUGGAAAAGCGAACCAUAAUAAUGUGGAAAACCUAAUAAGCGGACGCAACAGAUGCCUUUGGUGUUUCUUAUCGAUUGCUUCACAUCGGCCGAUUUAUGUCGAUUUAUUGAAGACAACCAACCAGAAACCCAACAAGAUUGAGGGAGCUUUUGUUCGAGCUAGCAGCCAAGCGAAUGAAAUGAAUUACUUUUCCGAUUAAGGGGAAGCCUCGCUCUGGAGACGCUUUCUUCACAAGAACAAUGGUGUUACUAUUGCUGUUGGCAUCUGAAUAUCUCCUGGUGGUAAUUGUACUCAAGGUGUAGACAGGGGGAACAGCCAGAUGUGAUUUUUUCCUGGGAAAAUCAAUUGAAAUUUAUAUUCAUGUUUUCUUAACAAACACCUAAUUUGAGUUUGUUUAAGUUGUUUUAAAAAUGUAAGGUCUCAUUUGGCUUGAUCGUAACAAAGGAUUAAUAAUAACGAUUUUUUUUCUUUAACUCAUAAUUUUUUUCUCUUGCUCAACACUCAUGUUUCUUUAAAAAAAAAACACAAUAAAAUUGUAAUUUAAAAAAAACACACACACACACACUAAAACAAAGUCAUAGUCACACUUAGUAGAAAGAACUUUACAAACACUCUUUCCCAAAAAACAAAGCAACAACAAAAAAAAGAGAAACAAAAACAUGAAAUUUCCUCGUGCCUUUUUAAUCACACUUUUCACCGACACUAUCGCGACUGAAUCGCAACGAUAAUACUUUACACUAACACGCACUGCACACAUUUGCAAAGCACACACGCAUCAUCCUUAAGUAAGGAAAUAGUGUUUUUUGUAGUGAACCGAACAAGAACAAAACAAAAAAAAGCUUCCUCAAAAAAAAUUCCCUUCUGUAGUCGGUACCUAUAGCUUACUUCCCUAUCCAUUUUUGUUCGGUUUUUGGUUUGUACAUACUUUUACUGCAAAUCUUCAGAAAAGGAACACGAGAAGUUCUCAUCUCAUCCUACACUGACACACGUACCACGUACAUAUUACUGUUGAAAAUAGGAGGAAGUAAAUGUAGCGAGUCUGUAAAUACGAUAAAUGUGUAUUGGAAGCAAAAUGACACUCAUUGGCACCGAGGCCACGUGGACGGAUUGGUGUAGCGGUUUUUGCAUUCGAACCUCGAAAGUUGGCCCACACACACACCGCACACGAUCACGAGAUCACGGGCUACGGUGUGCAGCGAUGGAAGGCUGGUGGUAGUAUUAAUUAGGUUUAGAAACAUUAGAGGAAACACACAGCACAUUCGACCUGUACAGCUAAAAGACACAACGGAUGUACGUAUACACCUGCCAAAGGUGUGCCGCACUAAAAAAAGGACCCGAGAAUUGACGAGCUAAUGCAAUCUGCCGACAACCAUGGGUGGGAUCACGAUCAGUUAAGACGAUCGCCACUCGGUCGGUUGGAUUGUAACAUUUAACACAAAACGAGCAAAAAAAAAUACAUCUUCGAAAAAUUAGCAACAAAAAAAACAAACACGUAGAGCUUCAAACUUAUGCUUGGCAGAUUGUACUAGUUUUACUGGAAGUUGCGUAACCUACUUACAAGGGCGUAGAGAUCGGCACUUUCUCAACGGAAGGCUGCUGCAGCUCAACCGCAAGAACCGUGAUUGUAAAUUGCAAUAGAUAGUGAAAUUAACAAACGCUGCAUUGAUCGAGCCAUGUGAAGGAAAAACAAACCCAAAUCGCGAAACUACAAUCCGCAAAUGUGUAAGAUAUUGUGUACUAUAUCGUGACAAAGGUGUUUAGUAAACGCUUUUCUAUUUUGAAAUUUUUUUUAGUUAUUUUUUUUUUUGUUUAGAUUUCCUCCGGAAAAAACACACUUUGACCGUGGUAAGUUUUUAUAGAGAGUGUAGAAAAAUCAUAUCAAAUUUAUAGCUUUAUUUUUAAUUUAUUUUUUUUACUUUAAAAUGAUUUCAACGAGUCAAAAUAUAGUUCACGUCUUAUAGAGGGAGCAAAAUUGUAAAUGAAAUGUUAAGGGACAUAGACAAAAAAACACAAACUCUGGAUUAUGAAACGUACCGUAAGCUUGUAAGCGGUAUGCUCAUUCCACACCCAAGCGGUACGAUGAAAUGAGUACAGUGAAAAAGGAAAAAAAAAAUAUUACAUUUAAGCAAACACCUUAGAGCCGUGCUCUAAAACCCGACUUGAUAAUCAAUUUUUAUAUAAGACACCCCUUACGAGACUUAUACCAGAUGUGAAGCAACGGCAACAAAACACAGUGAGAGUGAACUCGCAUCUACUGUAGAAGAAGAUCCAUAGCUUGUAGUACGUAUAUAUUCUCAUCCAGUUCCCACCCCAAACUAGGAGCAAACUGAUCUCUCCACGCGACAUUGGGGUAAGCUGAAACUGACCCCUGCAAAUCAAGCACGAGACCUAAAACAAAAAACCUAUCCUACGCUUUCAAUCCCUUUGGAUCGAAACGAAACACUAGAACUCAUUCAAAAACAAAAGAAAACACCUACACAACAAAUGGUAAAUAAUGAAAAAGAAAAAAAAAACAAAAGAACAAGAUGGUAUUCAUAUCCCCCUCACGAGUAGGCGCAUAUAUAAACAAUCCCAAUUGGAUAACUGAUAAGUAAGUUGAAGAAGUGUGAAAAUUAAAAGAAAAUGUUUAAUAAAAACGUAAUACUUUAUUAAAGCUACAGUAGAAUAAAAAUAUUGACAAACAAAAAAAAAAGGAUCAUAAAAAAUACUUGUCUGCAUAGAAGAAGUCAAACAAAGAUCGAAACAGACAUGAAAAGAUACUCAAAACCCACAUUCACACACGCUGUUAAAAAGGACCAACACAAUCAAUCGCUCACCGCCGUAGGCGACUCCAUGCCCUGAUAGGCUGUGGGGUGCGAAACCUUCGUUCGUGGUAGAGCCGAUGAUGACAAACUAAUAAAAAAGGUAGCUUAUAUAGCUGUAGAAUGAAAAGCAACGCAUCGAAUGAUGGCAAAUGGUGGGCAAAUAAGUUAGUGGAAAACCAAUCUAGUGAUCUGCGCCAAUCGUUUCUCGCCUACUAUGGUGAGCAAGAGCAACGAAAUGAAGACGGUAAAAUGGAGAGAGAGUGGCUGGGAUGGAAUCGAUUUUAGAAGCGUGUAAUAAAUUUACCAGUAUCAUUUUAGAUGAAAAAAAAAGAUUACAAAAUACAAUAGAGAAGGAAAAGUUACACUAAACAGUUGUAUGUUUUACAAAAGAAAACUAAACUAAUGCGAAACGGUACUUCUCACAGCAGAACGAAAACUAUCACAAAGCUCACACGUGUACAGUACAUGUGUAUAACAAAAAAAACCCCCCGAGAAGUGCCUCGGGGAAUUAAUCAUCAAUGUAACAUAAUUGCAUUUAUGUUUAUGUUUUCACUCCAUUGAAUAAUCUAUAAAGAUACAGGAAAAAAAAAACAAAAGUUACAAAACGAACUGACAGAAUACAUUAGAAGAAAAAAAAUGUGAAAUGUUCACUUGAGGCGCAAUCCAAAGUUACAGAAAUACCACAACACAAAAUCCGUUGUCCAUCUGAUGCACACAAUCCAGUAAACAUUAUAAAUUGUUAGAGUUUUAGCAGGUACAAGUAAACAUACAAGAAGAGGAAAAUCCUAUGGGAAGGGAUUCUCUCGCACCCCCUCUUCAAGUGACUCGAGCAGGGAGUUUAUGUGAAACUUAUACAAAAAGAAAAACCCUCCUCCAACUACUUACUGAUCGAAGAGUAUUGUACAACCCGCUAGCUAAAGAAAAAAAACCACUUAAUCUUACGACAGUCGAAACCUCCCCGAAAAACAAAUCAACGCACACAUCGUUCACUAAAGGUCCGAAAAAACUGCAGCACUAAACGAAAUGAAACAAAAAAAAACGUUAUAAUAUCAUACAAACAAAAAGAAAGCAAGUCAUUAUAGCAAGUUGUAAGUGAAAGGAGAAGUAAAACGUGGAAGAAAAGAUAAAACAUAGAAAAACACUAUGUUUUGCAUUGAAAAAAAAAACAGAAAAGAAAACAAAAACAGACAGGAGAAAUAAAAAAGCCUAUUUUCUUUCUGUUUUCCCCUGCUACUCCAAAACCCCCACCCGGUACAAGGUAGGAAGAGAUAGGUUAAGAGUGCAAACACGAUACAGAUGGAAACAAAAUGGAGAGUGAAGGCUCAACACCUGGUAGUGGUAACUGAAACCUGUAAGCUUCUAUUGAAAAAAUAAAACCAAAAGGAAAUAUUAUUGAAUUAAUAUAAUU